AUGCCUCUCAUUAACGGGAUAAAAAUGGCCUGCGAGCCUUGCAUCCGAGGUCAUCGCUCAACCAAGUGUACGCACGCCAACGAGCGACUAAUGGUACCCGUACGCAAACCGGGAAGACCUCUCAGUACAUGUCCUCACCCGGCCUCUCGUCCAUGCUCUUGUGGCAGAGUCACAGCUGCCAUCCCAAAGAAACAGGCAUGUCAUUGCGGCCCCAGCAAGGAUGCCGAAUCACCGACUACCAAACCUGAGAAUGGUGACAGUACGAGCAGUUCUACACCCCAGAGCCCUGUUAGCAAAACACCAGGAUCAGGCUAUCGAGUACAGAAAGCGAGCUCCAGGGGCAGCAACCAGAGUAGAAGAGAAUCCGUUGACCCAGCAGCCCUCCAGCGUAUGGAUCCCAAAAUGCUUAACAUCCUUCCUGCUUUUGACGACAUAUCCCAAAAGUCGGUCACGCCUCUUCCCGAUAUGUCUCCUUAUGGAGGUUUGGGGAUGACUCCAGCAGAGAGCCCUUUCGGACCAGUCAUGUACCCUAUGUUCCAGCCCCAUAUACAACCUCCUAUAAUGAGCCCAGAUAGCUCAAAAACGACCAUGGCCAGCCAGUCUGGCUCAAUAACAGGCACGCAAGUGCUAGAACAGCCGACCCAGUCUACACCCAAAAUGGGCUCUUGCUGUGGAGGAAGAAAUGCUGAUAAUGCUGCAUCUGUCCCUAUAACACUGGCUUCAGUACCAAGUCCUCCGAAACCCAAGCUCAAGAGUUGCUGCUCAUCUAGUAACGACUCCCCGAAACCUGACCACAAGAGCGAUACGAUAUCGGCCAGCGACAUACCGACGCCUAACAGCAUGAUGAUGUCGCCUUUCCCGGCCCCUGUCAUGAUGCCCAACGGCAUGUACGCCUACUACCCGCAGCCUACAGUCUUUACCUAUCCGCCGCAGUAUGGCUCGUACUUGCAACCCCUCCAGCCGGAACAAUGGCGGCAGGUAAUGGCUACUAUGACGUUUGCUGGCCAAGGAGGCAUCCCUUCUCCGUAUGGAAUACCUGGUGCAACGCCAUUUCCAACUCCGACUGCCCCCCAAACUCCCCAUUCAGCCGCGGGUACUUCUCACCAAUGCAGUUGUGGUGCCUCGUGCGAGUGUGUCGGUUGCGCAGCUCAUCCAUACAACGAAGCGACGCAAAGUUACGUACGAUCGGCCUGGCAGAGCAUGAUGGACACUGGCUACACCCAUGUCAACGGGCACGGAAAUGGCGAGGUACCAACAACAAACGGCCACAGCGUAAGCGUAAACACAACCACGGAUACUAUACCCCCUAUUGGUUCUGCGGAAGGCACCGUAUCACCAGCCGCUCCACAGACUCCCUCUGAAGCAGCGUCUGGCAUGAGUGAAGAACAAGCACUGUCGGCCAACGACUUCUUCUUCGUCAGCUAUCCAUUUGGGGACUCCUGCGCGGGCGAGGAAGCAAGCUGCCCAUGUGGAGAUGACUGUCAAUGUUUAGGCUGUGUGAUCCAUGGGAACCCUGACCAGGAGGUGGAAAUAGGAGCCGAGGUCUAG